AUGGCGAGGUUGGGAGGCGCAUUAGACCAGCCACUAAUCCGAUGCACGACACCGAAUAAAUUCAACGAGGCACGCACCCAUAGAGAUAAGCACACGGCCUCCAUGGGGGGGACUAAUACCUUCAUCAUGGAUGACCUUCCGCAAUGGGUAACCGUUCAAGGCCUAAAACGAGCAUUCAAUUGGUGUUCGAGUGGUGGAGUGUCAACAACGAAUAUAUUUAUUCGACUCGGCGGAAGCGCUUUGAGUGGCGCCGUUGCAGAUGAGAGAAUUUCCAGAAAUGUUGGAAGAGCGAGAGCUGAAGCGCCUGGACAUCUUACCUGCUGCUUGUAUGGACCACAUGAUCCCCAGGUCUGUAGUGCAUCGAUUUCUCACCGUUCCUCAGAUGAAUUCGCACUGACACCCCUCAUUCUCAUGACCAUGCAGCUGAGCUGGAGAUUAGUGCACUACCCACAGACAUUGACAGAGCCAGGGAAAAGAAAGCUUGGUAUCCGCAUGAUUCCGCGAGUAUCCUUAUCUCGCCAUAUUCACAGUUCCUUGCAUCAGCCUUACAAAACCCCUAGGGAGGCAUUCCUUCGCAGUGUUCUUGUUGAACGUCCACCAAUUCAUGCAAUCAAUUCUAAACUUCAUCAUCUAAAGAACGCACUCGGGACAGGAAGACAAAAGCGCAACUCAUUGGGUGAUAUCCUCGGGGUGGCUUCGAAAUUUAUGAUCAUGGUGAAAAUUGCAACAGCAAGCCAUGCAAAGUCUAUGGGGAAGAUAAUGAUAAUGGGAUGA